GGCAUCUAAUUGCUCUUGUCUAGAUACGGUACUGGCCCAAAGGAACACCGGCGUUGGCGCGUUUACUGUACACAUGAUUUCGUUCAUACGAGCAUGCCAAGAUACGCGCUAUGGCAGGUGUCAAAGAGAAGUACAGACGAACAGCGGAUGACGUACAGAAGGUGAUAACUCUGUCAAAACUCGACGAAUCGGAACUGACCGGAAUAACCCAGGUCCUGCAGUUUUCACCGGAAAGCGAUGAAACUUCGCACAUUAAGUUACUUGAAUUAGAUUCUCAUUUGUUACAAGCUGUUAAAGAAGGUGACAGCCUAACUUUCCGAGGUUCUGAAGAAGAAUCGGUCGUACUUUGUUCUACAAACAGAACAUACGACUUACAGGAAGCUGAAACCUCGAAUUCUUUGCUGCUUGUCCCAGAUUGCAAAUUUUCCAAAGAGACAGGUUCAAGUGCAGAGACUUGUAGAAUCUUGCAAGAAACAACAGUCAAGGGUGUUUUUUAUACGUAUUAUGAGGUUGCCCAAUGCAGACCACGCCUGAAUAAGCUCCACAAGGUGUUAGCAUCCUCGGCAUUCAAUGGGAAAGAGUAUGAGAGCCUCGUGGACCAAACGACAUUGUACAAUUGGGAAAAGCUCGUUCAAGAGAUACAGGCCAGUGAGGAUGAGCUCAGAGAGGCACUGUCCAGUUACUUGAUUGUCAACAUUAAUGGUUACUUACGGUCUUUGACGUUUGAGUACGAGACACGUGCGCUGUCACUGAUGCUUGAUUUAAUAGACGAAAAUUCUUGGGAAACGGACGAAAUAGAUAAGGAGAUAACAUUCUCUUUGCUGGAGGAAUUUAUACCAGAUUCUGUUUUUCAAGUUUUAUUUCAUGCCUAUGCCGAGCCUAGUGGAAAAACCAAAGAAAAUGGGGAAUUGUUAUUCAGGUACAAUGAAGAGAAGGUCUGCAAAUUCCUUGCCAAAGUACUCUUAGCAGCAUCACCUGUCAACACAUAUGAUGAGUUUAUGGAAGCUUGGAGAAUAGGAACUCCGGAAUGUAUGGAACCCAAAGACUCGUGGUUAGGUGGUAUAGCACUGAUUGUUUUCAAUACUCGAAAAAACGUUAAAGAAAUCGUCUCGUAUCCGGCAGUAGACUUGCCUGAUGGGAUCAAUCAAAGAUUUGAGGAGCUCUUCAAAACAAAGGAAAAAUGGACAAUUGAAGAAAUCACACCUUAUAUUAUCGAUUUAACAACAAAUAAAACCAACGUUAAUGGCUUGUUGACCAAAUAUGCUAGAUCCUCGAUGUCGAAUGGUAUCAAGUAUUACAGUUCAAAGCACUGUAAGUGAUAUUUUUACUGGGAUUGGCAAUAGGCUUGUUGGUGAAGUUGGAUGAUUCCAAAAAUCCGGCAAAAUUUGCCCAGGGAUGAAGAAAAAUACACAUACACACACACCGAGAUAACUCGAGAAAAGAGAACAAAACUUUGUUCAAAUCAUAUGCAUAAUUUAUUUUGCAUGUAUUCAUAAUACAUAAUAAACAUUUACACAAAUUUACAAAUAUUUUUUAAAUGAGAUUACAGUUUAUGCAAUUCCAAUACUUCAUUCAAUUGUUGGUUACGUGAAUAUGUAUUUUAGCAAUUUUUCUGCUUCCUCAUUUUUCUUUGUUAUAGUUUUGCUAAAAUUGGAUAGAGAAAGCAUGUAGUCUUAUUAUUAGCUUUAACAACCUACGCUGAUUAGUUAUUGUUCGUACGGCCAUCUGGCAUCCGUUAAACUAAUCACUUUGGUUUUAUUCACUUUUAUUUUACGUCUUCUGUAGCCCAAAAAGUGCUGCAUGCUCAGGAUGUUGGACUUUGCCUCUACUGGAUGUGUAUUGCCUAUUUGCGAUCGCCUCAGGGUCUGACACUUGUUUGCUUAUGGUUGGAACCUCGAAAUAAUGCAGAUGUUCACCAUAAUUUGUUCGGGGAUGAAAUCUGAACCUUUGCGUGUAAAAAACACUUAGAUGUCUCUCGUAAGAGAGCACCAAUAGAUUUCGAGUUAUCAUGCUACCACUAGAAGUUCGGGAUUUCCAAAUGUCAGAAAUGUAUACUUGCUAAGUAGUUACGGUGUUUUACAUAAAUUAACGAUGUACGAACAUUCGUUGCGGCGGUGUGAUAUAUUGCAUUGCUGUGAAAGCAGCUAGAUAUCGUCAUCAAGACCAGAUCAAUGUGUAUUGAAAUUUCAGUAUAUCCGUAGACACUUCUACAGUAGGAGAAUGCAAUUAAUAUUACAAGAAUCUGUAAAUUAUUCUGUUAAGCAUCUUAUUCAACGUAAAAUUAAAUAAAUUUACAUUCUUACGAAUUAUAAAGUCACUUUGUAAUAUUUUGUUACAUUAUGAAGAAGUAAAAUGUCUU